GCCCUCCUUCCAUUUCGUUACCUCGCUUUCUUCUAUCCGAAGCAGUGGUGGUGAGAAGCCGCAUGAGCAAUCACAUCUUCUCUUUCCCUUCUCUUCCUUUCGGUUUUCCGGCGAGCCUAAAACCCCCUCUUUCUCGUUUUCUCUUCUCGGCCAAAGCAGCAAGGGGCGUGAUGGUGAAGAUUGAUGGCAACGACAGAGUUUCAGCUAUCAUCGAUCUCUAUCCACCUCCCAUGGUUGACGGCAGCAAUGCGAGGCGGAGAAGGACCGGCGGUGGUGGUCUGGUCUCCCAGAAACGGUCCGGCGAGGCUGGUUCUCGACGACGGCGUUGUAAGGCGUUCACGGUGGAGAGGAGCGCUGACCAACGUGAGGCAUCAUCACCUUGAGUUCUUCUACGGCGUACAGAGCUUCUCCUCUGCUUUCGACGUUCAAAGCAGCAUCGGCAGUGGUGCGAGGUUCGUGGCAGCGGCAAUGCGUGACGGCGGCGGAGACGACGGAGCCCGGCAGUGGCGUCCUUCCCUUCCCAGGCGAGCUUCCGGCAGUGCGUUGGACUUAGAGGGUGUUAGAGUUGCAGCUGGGAUGUUGAGGUGCCGGCGGGUGGUGAACCUACCCGUGUUCCACCUGCGGCUUUGCAUGAAGAAACGAAGAAGAAGAUGGCGGAUGGUUGGGUAGCUUCGGAGAGCGCGCUAGUGGC